CAAAAGGAUUUAGUGAAGCGCUGCACGGAGGCAACAGUUGAAAGCAAGCAGCAACUGAACCAAAUGGAGUUUGCCAAAAAGGUUUUAGACAAGUCAGAUUCUCCUGAUGGAGUUCAGCUAUCAAUGCAGCAAAACCUACGCUCACAGAAUGCCUUGAGAUCAGUCAAGGAAUCAGAGGAUUUGUCAAAGGAACUGGGUGAGGAGAAAGCAAAGGUGGCCCAGGUGCAGCAAACGUUGGAAGAGAACAGGAGGAGAAUUCUUCUGCUAAAGACACAAAGACCUGUGGAAAGACUGGAGGAAAAGGAAAUGGUACAGUACUACAGA